AGCUAAUUAACAAAGACAUUAAAGCACAAGUUUCCCCUUCUCAACAAUGACAUCUCAUUUGCUUUUAUUUGGUCUCUUGGUAGCGGGCUGCUGCCUUGCAUUUGCUUCGGACCCUAGUCCUCUUCAGGACUUCUGUGUGGCAGACCAAAAUACCACAGUAUUUGUGAAUGGCUUGGUUUGCAAAGAGGCAAGGCUUGUACAAGCUGAUGAUUUCUUUUAUAGAGGACUGCAACUAAUGGGAAAUACUUCGAAUGCGGUUGGGUCUGCUGUGACUCCGGUGACUGUAGCAGAGUUGCCGGGACUUAACACUCUUGGCCGUAUUCUAGUUGGGUUUGUCACAUCCAACCCUGAAAACCGACUCAUCACAAAACUACUUCAGAAAGGCGAUGUUUUCGUGUUCCCAGAAGGUCUAAUUCACUUCCAGAAAAACGUGGGAAAUGGCUAUGCUGUUGCUAUUGCUGCUUUGAGUAGUCAAAAUCCAGGUGUUAUUACCAUUGCAAAUGCUGUGUUCGGAUCAAAUCCCGAUAUUGCAGCAGAUAUCCUUGCACAGGCUUUUCAAGUUGACGUCAACGUGGUCUAUCAAAUUCAAUCUAAAUUCUAA